AUGGCAAAAUUCUUUGGUCUCCGAGGUCAGGCACUGCAUCGUGCGAUGAUUUGGGCCGUCAUCAUGCCUGCUUAUAUCCUAUUUGGGUACAACAAUGCCGGAACUGUCGUUGCUCUCUAUACUCUCGGAUGCUUUCUUGGCGCCUUGUCCUGUAUAAGAAUCGGUGAUACCCUUGGUCGCAAACGAACAAUCAUGCUUGGAGCAGCUAUCAACAUGGUUGGAGCCAUCCUUCAAUCUUCAUCUUAUUCCCUCGGCCAAUUAAUUGUUGGACGUCUUAUUUCGGGCUUAGGUUUUGAAGAAGCACGGGAAGUUGUAUCAGCAUUGGAUGAUAUGCCCAUAGACUCAGCCCAAGUACAGGCCGAUAUAGCAGAGAUUGAAGAGGGGCUCGUGAUCACCGGUAAAGGCUCAUUUUGUGACAUUUUCCGCAUGGGUAACGAACGUCUUUUCCACAGAACAUGUCUUGCAGUAUGCGGCCAAAUGUUCCAGCAACUUAGCGGGAUAAAUGCUCUCGCUUUCUAUCAAGCUACAAUCUUCGAGACUGGCCUGGGACUAUCAGCACAAACAGCUCCGUUCAUUUUCAUGUUUUCCUUGUUCUUCCCUACUGGAUUUCUAGGACUGACUUUCUUAUAUGCUUCGGAGGUUUCACCAUUGAGCGUUCGAGUACCUAUCACCGCCAUGUCAACAGGGAGUGCAUGGAUAUUCAAUUUCAUUGUCGCCGAAAUAACACCAGUAGGAUUCACUACUAUAGGAUGGAGAUACUACAUAAUAUAUGCAUGUAUCAACUUCUUCCUAAUACUUCCAGGUGUAUACUUUUUCUUUCCGGAAACCAAUGGUCGUCAUCUCGAGGAGGUUGACCAAAUCUUUCUCCGUAGCAAAACCAUUUUUGACGCUGUACGCGUUUCCAAUUGUAUGCCCAGAGGAUCUGUUAGUUCUACCUCUACCGGUGAAGUCGAAAAGAAUGAAGUUAUCCAUGUUGAAAUGAGGGAACAGACGAUCUGA